AUGCCCAAGCCAAGGAAGUCCUCUUCCACAAAAUGGCUGCCGGCUACGUGGCGGCCAUGUUGGACAUGGAGGGCAGGAAGCCGGGCCCCACGAGCAUUCUGGGCACGUCCCAGCUACGUCCGGGCCGCCCUGGCGGCUUCCGGGUCCCCUUCAACCCCAACGCCACGGGCUGCGGGGCCGCCAUGCGGGCCAUGUGCAUCGGGCUGCGGUUUCCACGUGAAGAGCAGCUUGAUGACCUGGUUGAGGUGAGCUUGGCGAGUGGCAAGAUGACUCACAACCAUCCUACAGGCUACCUGGGCGCCGUGGCGUCGGCGCUGCUGGUGUCGUGUGCGGUGCGCCGUGACCCCGUGGAGUCGUGGGGCCGAACUUUGACCCUGAGGGCUCUGCCCGUGGCUCGCCGCCUCGCCCUGGACGGGCCGGACGCAGAGCGAGAGGUGGAGCACUGGGGACAGUUUGUCACGGUGUGGGAGAGAUACCUUCUGGAGCGCAACAUCGCCGAGGAUACCGCCACCACCUCCGCCACCGCCACCACCGCCUCCACCGCCUCAAGGGCCAUGUUCCCCGAGAGCCUCGGGACCCCAGAGGGCCGUGACGAGGCCUACCGGGCCUGGAGCCUGGACGGCUGGGCAGGACGCAGCGGCCAUGACGCCCCCAUGAUCGCCUACGACGCCGUCCUGCGAGCCGCCCCGAGCAUGGAACGUCGGACCUCGGAGGGGGAACCCGAGGGGACGGCCCAGGGCUGGGAGCUGCUGUGCAACUACGGAAUGUUCCACGGAGGGGACAGCGACAGCACCGGAGUGAUCGCGGGGGCCUGUUGGGGGGCCCUCUGGGGUCUGGAGGGGGUCCCUGUGGGCAACAGCGAACACCUCGAAUAUCACGACAGACUCAUCCACGCAGCUGACUCUCUCUACCGCCUAGCCUGGCCCCACACAGCCGCUGAGUAGUCACUCACUGUGUACUCACUCACUGUGUAGUCACUCACUGUGUAGUCACUCACUG